AUCUCAAUCUCAAUGUCUCAAAACAAUCUAAAAUGUAGAAAAAAGGGAAAAACAAAUCCAACCCUGAAAUUCUCGCUUUUCUUUUUUCCCUGUUUUCCAUUUCUCACUCUUUUUUGCUCUCGUGUUUGUUUCCCGAGGAAAAAGAGGAGAAGGAUUGGGAUCUCAACAACUGUCACUCUAACCUCAAAACUGUUGUCCUCCAUUUUUCUUUUUAAUUUCCCGGGAAUCAAAGGGACAGUUAUUCUUUCGGUCCGUUUUAAUUUGAUUAUCGUUUCAAGCAGCGUUAAUUUUGAUGGGAAAUUGGUGAUCAAUAUAAAAGCUGAAUUUCUGUUGAAAUAAUAGAGGAGAUGACCAAAGAACACCCGCCUGAGCCACUCGAUUUCUUCAUUUGGACUGUUGAGGAUGUUGGAAUGUGGUUGGAAGAGAUAAAUCUUGGUAGCUACCGUCAGAUUUUCAAAGAAAAUGGUGUCAAUGGAGAAUACUUGGAAGGCAUGUCUAUGUUCACAACUGAACAGAUUCUUCGAUUUAUAAGGCGGUGUCAUAUGAAAUGGGGAGACUUUAUCACGCUAUGUAAGGAACUCAGACGAAUAAAAGGUCUCUCUCUCGGUGCUCUCUCUCUCGUGGCUUGCCUGAAAGGAGAGCAAAAAGUUCGCAGGCCAUGGUGGGCUCCUUCGUGCCUUUCAAUAUUCUUUGUUAAGGUAGCAAAGCGCAACAGACAGUCACGUGUUGUUUCCUUGAAGCUGGAACCAUGAUGCAAAAUAUGCUUUUUUAUCUACGUAUAUGUUGUUUUUCUUCUCGUUGAGGGAGCAAAAAGUAGGGGAAAAACUGAACUUUUUGUCCAAAAUCUGUUAAGGUGUUGUUGAUAGUUCUUCCUUCAAGAACUCUUUUACGUAUACGAGCCUUUCUUUUGAUAUACAUAUAUGGUAUAUGUUAAUUAUUAUAGUUGUAUCAUGCAUCUUGUUCUUUGAAACAGAGUACCAUUUAUGUUUAUAUCAAGGAAAUGGUGAUAAUUCGGUUUGUUUUUCUUGAAGAAA